GAACGUUGAUCGAGAGACCGCCCAUAGUACCGCCGUCGUACCGCUCCGCUAGCCGCUUACCGCUCGUAAUAUCGCAUCCGAUACAAAAAAAAAAUAAAAAUAAAUAACAAAAAGCAAAGAGCAGAAAAAUACAUUUUUUUUCGGUUUUCGAUUAUCGGUUACCGGUUACUGUAUCGAUUUCGAUGCCCCUUGCUAUUCACCCUUUGUGUGCCAGCCAACGGUUUUAAUGUUUUCGCCAGUUUGCAACAAUUGCCAAGCCACUUUGAGAACUCCGCGCACCACCAACGCCAAAAUCCACUAUAAGCAGAAACACAAACAGUCCACUUUGAGCUGACGAGCAAUUUUCGAAAAUUUAGUCUCCAUCGAACAACGCCAAAAAACAACCCCUCUUUCAGAAAAAAAAAGAAAAAGUAAAUAAAUAAACAAACACCAAACAAGUGCAAAAUACAGGGCGUAACCGCGCAGUAAAAGCAAAUAUUUAACGGAGCAAAAAACAUAUUUUAUUUUUCGCAAGCGCAAAAAAAGAAACAAGUUAAUUGCCAAACAAUAAGCCUUUCCGAAACACAGGUGUAAACAAACCCAAAGAUCUCCAGGUCGAAUACGAGCACAAUCCUCAAGACCGCUAAGCGAGGCAGACACAACUGUACCCAUCUAAGCAGAGCUUAGAGCAAACCGCAACCAAAAAAACCCCCAAAAAGUAAUCCCAAUUUCCUUUUUGCUACGCGCACAAGAAGCCAAAAAACCCCUGAACUAUAGAAUGGUAGAAGGUGAUUCCGCAAAGGGCAAAAGCGAAUCCUAUAAUGUAGAAGCUGGACUACAACCAAACUACAACCAGAGCGCAGCAAGCAACCAAGCAAGCAACCAUCCAACUGGCCAGGUCAACGCCACCGCCGUCGCCGUCGCCACCGGAAACGCGAAUCCGCACAUCGACAACCGAGCGAUCAUCCAGCCGUACUCCUUGGGCACCGGAUCCAAGCAGCCGGAGUAUCAGUUUGCGGCGGACAAUCGCGGCUACGAGCCGGACAGCCAUGCCUCCAAUGGCAAGCCGCAGGACGUAGAGCGGGAUGCCCCCGAUGGGGGUCACGGGGGUCACGGAGGCCCCGGCAAGCCGCACAAGGGUCGCAAGAAAUCCGCACCCUUGCCGGAACCCACCGCCCCGAUAGUCGCCAACUUCGAGAGGGCCAUCGAACUGUGCGGCUAUGGCAAGUUCCACUACAUACUGCUGGCCAUCUGCGGCCUGGUCAGCACGUCGGAGGAGAUGGACGUCAUCUCGAUGUCGUUCAUCCUGCCGUCGGCGGAAUGUGACCUGGACCUGAACACGGAGACCAAGGGCUGGCUGAACUCGAUCAUCUUCAUCGGCAUGAUGGUGGGCGCCUACUUCUGGGGCAGCAUCGCCGACAGUUUCGGUCGCAAGAAGGUCCUCAUCGUCAUCUCGUUCAUGAACGCCUUCUGCAUCGUCGCCUCGUCCUUCUCGCAGUCCUACUCCUUCUUCAUGCUGUUCCGGUUCCUCAAUGGUGCAGCUUUGGGCGGCAGUGGUCCUGUGAUCUGGUCGUACUUCGCCGAAUUCCAGCCGAAGGCGAAGCGCGGCUCCAUGCUGAGCUUCAUGGCCGCCUUCUGGACAUUCGGCAACCUGUUCGUGGCCAGUCUCGCCUGGCUGAUCAUCCCGCGUUCGAUCGGCUUCAUCACGCCGUACUUUACGUACAACUCGUGGCGCAUCUUCCUGCUGGUGUGCUCCCUGCCGUCGUUCUUGGUUGGAUUCCUGCUCUUCUAUCUGCCCGAAUCGCCGAAAUUCCUGCUGACGCGCGGCAAAAAGGACCGUGCCCUGGCCAUUUUCCGUGGCAUUUUCGUGACGAACACGAAGCGUCGACCGGAUGAGUAUAUGGUCUAUGACCUGGAGGUGGACGAGAAGCUGCUGGAGAGCAAUGGCAAUGUGAAGAACAAGUAUAGCCGCAUGAUCAGCGGCAUGGUGGACCACAGUCGUGCGCUGUUCAAAUCGCCCAUCCUGCGCUUCACCAUCGUCUCGAUCACGAUCAACUUUACAUUCCACAUUGGCUACUACGGCCUGUUGAUGUGGUUCCCGGAGCUGUUCAACCGCUUCGAGGAGUACGAAAAGGCCUUCCCGGGCGAGUCCGCUGGCGUCUGCUCGGUCACCGACUAUGUGGUCAACUUGGCCAAGGAGCAGAGCAACAAUGGCACAUGCAAUUCGGAUAUACCGCAAUCGGUGUUCAUGGAGUCACUGAUUUCGUUGGCCUCGGCGCUGCCGGCCAAUCUGCUGGCCAUCCUUGGCAUGGACAUGCUGGGCAGGAAGUUCUUCCUCAUCGCUGGCACAAUGACCGCCGGCAUCUGUUCGGCGCUCAUGUACUUUGUGCGCAGCUCCGUGCAGAACCUGGUCGUAUCGGCCAUCUUCAGCGGGGCCAUCUCGGCCGCGAAUGCGGCACUGGACUGCCUCAUCACCGAAGUAUUCCCCACCAAAUUGAGGGCCACCGGUGUGGCCAUCUCGAUGGUUGCGGCCCGUCUGGGCGGCAUCAUUGGCAACAUCGUGAUCGCCCAGCUGCUGGACAACUAUUGUCCAUCGCCCACGUUCAUCGUGUCGGGCCUGCUCAUCGGCGGCGGUCUCAUGUGCCUCCUGCUGCCCAAUACGACGCGCAAGGAACUCAAUUAAUCACCUAAUAACUAAUCAUAAUUAUCCCUCCUCCCCUACAAAUAUCAGAUCCCAAAACUGUAGCCCAUCUGCCUUGUGUUGAGUUGAUAUCUAAUUGAUUGUACACAUCACAGUGAUCACACAUCAUAGUGGUUCAAGCUCAAAGACAUAAAAAAAAAACCCAAUCAACAAAAAACGAUAUCAACUCGAUUGCCAGACGGAUGGGCUUAGUACAUACAUAUAUUUUAUCCUUCACAAAUCGGCAAUAGUUAAAGAGAAUACAAAACCCACAAGUAAUUUCCAUGUGCCCCCAUCCCGCCAGAGGAUUAAGGGGGCUUAUCUGUGUAUAUAUGGUAUGUGUGUGCUACAAUACACGAUUAUUUGUAUCGUCAGUAAUUAUUUAACGAUAGCGAUAACGAUUUUCUUUGUCUGUCUAAUUUUAAACACUCCCCCCUCUCCCCCUACAAAUAUCUAUCUAUCUAUUGGAAUUUAGACGAGCCAACAAAAAGAGAAAUCAGUAAAUGGGCAAAGGGAAAAGGGCGAAGGGCGAUGGGGAAUACGAUCAUAUCAUAUCGAGAAGAAAUGUGAUGAUAAGCCGAGUCAAGCCAUAUGCCUUUGCCCAAAAUGAUAAACAAAGAAAACCCCAAGCCAGCGAGAAGAUAUAGCAGGUAGAAUCGAUCGAUUGCAAUCGAUGUAUAUGUAUUGUAUGUACGAUAUGUAUUUUGUGUGUAGUAGCGGUAGUAGAAGUAAUAUAUAUAUAUAUAUUUGGCAAGCGCCGGCGCCGGCUGAAGCAGCAGCAGAGGAUCUGAGUAACGGUAAAGCUAGGCCCAAGGUUUCAAUACCGAUUCAAUCCCAAGAAUAAUACUAUAGGGUCACGUGGGCUAACCUACUCACCACCUCCAUUCUGCUGUCCGUUAUUGUUGUUAUUAUUGCUAUUAUUAAAGCAUCCAAUGUAAAACACAUACGUAUAUAACUUUAUCUAAAUAUUAAACAUUUAUCGAAAACCAUUUUUCUAUAACAUAUAUUUGUACACAUAUCUAUACAAAUUUUUUUUUUGUUUUUUUUUUCGUCAUGUAGGACCAAAGCACAGGAAGUGAAAGAAUAUUUGUAAAAUUUAGUUACGUUAUUAAAAGUUACGCUACAUAUAUAUACAAGAAAAACCUAAUAAAAAAAAGAACAAACCACAAAAA